GCUUAAGCUGCAAAGCAAAAUGUGGAUAAGGGUCUAGUUAGUUAACCUCUUCUCCCUCGUCCUCCUCUUCUCUUCUCUUCUCUUCUCUUCAACUCCAAGCAUAUUCUUUAUUUCUCUCUCAAACACACCAUUUCUAUAAUCAAGUACAUAAACCAAGGGCUCAUGUGUAAUUAGGGUUUCAUUCAUCUAUAGUAUCUUCCAUGGCUGGAAUUAGUAGUACUAGUUUUACAUGUAAACCACUCUUGUCUAGAACAACAAAACCACCAACUUAUUCUCUCUCAUCAAUUGAAUCAGCCAUUGCUGGUGUUAGAAUUUGUAACCCUGAAUUUCUAAAAAUUGAUUCUACUCAUGUCCAUUCUAUUUACUUGCCUUCUGCUUCAGUAACAGCACGGUAUGGUGGGUACCGUCCACCACCACGACCUCGUCCUAGUCAAGGGAGGUCUAGAGAUAUGAGACAAGUUGAAGAAGCUGACCCCUGUCUUGAUAUUUCCAGUGUCAGGUCUAGUUCUGUAAGGCUUAUUGAUGCAAGGAGCAAUGACACUAGGGUGAUUGGUGUGGUGUCUAAAAAUGAAGCCAUUCAGAUGGCCGAAGACGCUGAGCUAGACUUGGUAAUAGUGUCUCCAGAAGCAGACCCUCCAGUCCUAAAAAUGAUGGAUUACAACAAACACAGAUACGAGCAGCAAAAGAAAAAGAGAGAGCAGCAAAAGAAAAGUGCUGCUACCCGUAUGGACAUGAAAGAGCUCAAAAUGGGGUGCAACAUUGAUUCUCAUGAUUAUUCUGUGAGAUUGAGAGCUGCUGAGAAGUUCCUUAAGGACGGUGACAAGGUAAAAAUCGUGGUCAACAUGAAGGGUCGUCAACAUGAGUUCAAAAAUAAUGCUAUUGAGCUCAUCAAACGUUUUCAGACCGAUAUAGGAGAGCUAGCCACAGAGGAGAGCAAAAGUUUCAGAGAAAAGAAUAUAUUCAUUGUCUUGCUUCCGAAUAAAACGAUUCUGCAAAAGGCGGUGGAACAGCCGAAGAAAAAGGAAAAGACAGUAGAAAUUGGAACAUUAGAGAAAUCAGCAGAAAUUGCAACAUCAGGAAACCCAAAAGAAAUUGAAAAGUCAGAAAAAACAACAGAAACUGACACAUCAUCCAGUGUCCGACUCUGAGCAGAGGUACUACUUUCACGGCAAUGAACUCAAGAUUAGAUGAUGUGCAGGUGAUCUUGGUUUUAUAUUAUUAAGAGUAGGAUGAUGAUCAAGGGAUCUGUGAAUAGUCUUUGAAAUGAUAUAGCGAAUUCACCUUCAACCAAAAAUGUUGUCAUUGCAACGGUGGUAGUCCUCUCCAUUUGGAAAGUAUCUUGUAUUACAGACGUUGAUAGUAGAAUUAAAAUUCGUACAGUGAUUUUGAUCACUUCCAGGUUAACAACUUAACAUGCUGCCACAACCAUAUAUAACACGCCAUUGGAAGA